AUGUUUGAGAUAAAAUUAGUACAAGGAUGGUUGUUGAAGAGAGCUGUGGAAGCAAUCAAAGAUCUAGUAACUUAUGCGGAGCUUAUGUGUUCCUCCACGGAUUUUUCCCUAAACGCAGUCGACUCAAACUAUUCAGCUUUCGUAUCGCUUCUUCUUGGAUCGAAUUCAUUCGAGGACUACAAUUGCGAAAAGAGUGUAUGCCUUGGUGUAAACAUGAACAACUUAUCCAGAGUGUUGAAAUUUGCUGGUAACGACGACAUUGUCAUUGUUGAAGGUGAUGAUGAUAUGGACGAUAUGUGCUUGGUAUUCCAGAGCCCUGGUGGUGAUAAGACUACUAGCAUCAAUAUGCACUUGAUGGACAUUCAUGGUCACAGCUAUGCAAUCCCCGAUUAUGAUUACGAUGUCGUUAUUCGAAUGUCUUCCUCUGUUUUCGCAAGUAUAUGCAGAAAUUUAGCCGAAAUCAAUGACACAGUUUUGAUUUCUGUGACAAAGGAGGGUGCCAUGUUUUCUACAAGCGGAGAGACUGUCAAAGAUGCCAAGGUUCUUUGCAGGCAGAAUGGAGAAGAGGACACCACAACAAUAAAGAUGAAAACUCAAGUGUCAAUGGCAUUUAGUUUGAGGUACCUGAAUUCUUUCACAAAAGCAACACCCUUAUCAAGCAUAGUUACAAUCAAUAUGUCAACAGGGAUGCCUGACCGACACCAAAGUGUCAGAAUUAACCUUACAAAGAGAGAAUAUGAAAGAGAACUGAUAAUAUCAAAGGAAAAUCAAGGAGAUAAAUGA